AGAUAAAAAAGAAAAUCGUCAAGAAAAAGGUGUGUUUUACGUAGAUUUUACGUGUUUGGAUAAUUUUCUGUUGCAGUUCUUCAACUAAGCUCAGAACAAUGUCUGGCCGUGAGGGUGGCAAGAAAAAACCAUUAAAGGCCCCUAAAAAAGAAAAUAAAGAAAUGGACGACGAUGACCUUGCAUUAAAACAAAAGUUAAAGGAACAACAAAAGGCUUUGCAGGAAGCAAAAGCCAAGGCAUCACAAAAAGGCCCUCUCACACAAGGUGGUAUCAAGAAAUCAGGGAAAAAGUGACAAGACGGAAUUUAAUACCUUAACAUUUAAAAUAUAGGCCGUAAAUUUUUAUGUAAGAUUUAUAAUGAUCUUUGUUACUAUUAAUAUCUUUGAAAAAGCACUGUAAUGUUUGUAAUGUCUUGAAAUGGCAAUUUCAUUUAACAAAGUGCCAAAUUGGAUCCUUAUCAUCAGCUCUGAGAGAUAAUCUUCAUUGCUUCUUUCAAAUAUUUUUAAGGGUUAAUGGUAUAGGUUCUUUAAUUACAGUGCAGUGCAAAAUGAUUAAUAUUCUCAACUUCUGAAUAAUAGGCUACUGCAUAUUUCUUUAUGGAAUAAAUGUUGUGAAUAUU